GCCAGAUCAGCAUCUUCCUGACCAGACACCAUGAGUCCUCUCCUCACGCUUGGCGUCCUCGUCUUGCUGGCAUGUUGUGUGUCUACAGGGGCAGACAGAAGAGUAGCCUGUGAAGGUCAAUGGACAACCCUGAACUGUGGGAGCUCUAAGAUCAAGGUGCUCCGUGCUAACUAUGGACGCACAGACAGGAGAGUCUGCAGCAGUGGUCGUCCAUACUGUCAGACUGUCAAGACCAACUGCGUCAACAGGAGAACACUGCCUGUGGUGAAAAGCAGAUGCGAUGGAAGGACCAGCUGUUCUCUGGUUGCCUCCCACACUUGGUUUUCUGAUCCCUGUUAUGGAACCUACAAAUACCUGGAUGUGACCUACACCUGCCUUCGCCCAAAGCGCGUUGUGUCCUGUGAGUGGGGUGUCUCCAGGCUGAGAUGUGGCUGGGGCACCAUCCGGGUCCAGCGUGCGGUGUACGGUCGGAGGUCUCGGAGCGUGUGCUCAUCCGGUCAGUCCUGGUUCAAGACCCGCAAUACCCGGUGCGCUCGCUCUGUCACCAGCAGCAUGGCUCGCAGAUGUAACGGGAGGAAAGCAUGCAAUGUCAGGGCUUCUAACAGAGUAUUUGGGGACCCCUGUCGUGGAACCUAUAAAUACCUGGACGUUAAUUACACUUGUAGCUCCUGGUAGUGAUGGUGACAGUCCCUCUGUCUGUCCCAUACAGAGAUGAUUACAUGCUGAAUGAACUGCAUGACUGUGAUGCACCAAUGAAAGAAGAGGUGGUGUGUCAUACAGGGCAGAGAAGAAAACCCUUCACUAAGCUUCUCUUUCUAUCCUGUGUGAUUCAUGUGCUUUAAUGCAAAGGAGGUGGUUCUUGACCGUGAUUCUACUAAUUCAUCCCUCUGCUUUCAGAUGAUCACUUGAUAUUAUAGUCUCAUUAUUCUCUACUAUUCUCUUUAUCCAUCUGGUGUCUUUAACGCAGAGUCUCUGUCUGAUUAGGUUACAGAGAAAGCUUGGCUGCCAAUCAACCAAAUCCUGAAUGAAUGAUGCUUGAAUAUUAAAUAAAUCAAUAUGUUUACAAAGCA